AUGAGGAUGGACGUAGUAGAAAGAAUAUGGUCGAGGUUGCUAUAUUCUGAAAAUACUGCAGAAGCUGUACAAAGGCAUUGCCUUUGGAUUCUGGGAAUGAAAGGACUCUAUCUUGAUGGGGAAUCUGUUUGGAAGGACUUGGUCCUUGAUGCCAAACGUCGUCAGUGCUUCUUUAAUGCUGAUGAAGACAAGGAUUUGGCUGAGUUCGACCAAUUGGAUGAUGUGCGUAAUUCUAACAGCAUGUGUUUAGAAGUUCUAGAUGGAAGUAAGUUGGAAGUUCCACAAGAGUCGGCCACCCUCUUGCCACUCCCUGUCCGCACAGGUCGCGAGAGUUUGCGCUCUUUAUUUUACUCCUUGUCAUCUGGUGUAGUAAACCACUUGCUUUCUGACCAUGAGGGUAGAGAGUUGGAUCUUCCAUUCGAACUUGCAGACCAGGAAAUGGAGAUUGUUCUUUAUCGUAAAAGUAGCUUUAUAGUUGGACGGUCAGGAACAGGUAAGACCACGGUUUUAACCAUGAAAUUGUUUCAGAAUGAACAACGUUACCAAUUGGCAGUGCAAGGAUGCGUUAGUUGUCAAAAUAGCAUGGUUGAGCAGAGUACUUCAGCUACUAAGGGAACUCUACACCAAUUUUUUGUGACCGUGAGUCCUAAACUGUGUUUUGCCAUCAAGCAACAUGUUUUAAACUUAAAAAGUUUUGCAUGUGGUGGAAGUGAUUCAACUGAAAAGAUUUUGAUUGAUAUGGCUGAUUUUGAUGAGGGGGAAGCCCAAUUCAAGGAUAUCAAGGAUUCAUUUCAUGAUAUUCCUCCCAAUUCUUACCCUCUUGUCAUAACAUUCCAUAAGUUCUUGAUGAUGCUUGAUGGAACACUGGGGAACUCAUACUUUGAAAGAUUCCUUGAUGCAACAAAACUUACACAUGGUCGAUUGCAAAGUUCAAGAUCAGUUGCUUUGCAGACCUUUAUAAGGACAAAGGAGGUGAAGUAUGAGAGAUUCAGUUCAUCUUACUGGCCCCAUUUUAAUAUCCAGUUAACAAAGAAGCUCGAUGCUUCAAGAGUCUUUACAGAGAUAAUAUCUCAUAUUAAAGGUGGUUUGGAAGCUAUGGAAGCAGGUGAUGGUAAACUCAAUCGCGAGGAUUAUGUUCGACUGUCAGAGAGCCGGGGUUCCAAUUUAAGCAAGCAAAAGAGAGAAGCAAUAUACGAUAUAUUUCAGGCUUAUGAAAAAAUGAAGAUGAAAAAUGGUGAAUUUGAUCUGGCUGAUUUUGUAAUUGAUCUUCACCAUCGUCUUAGGCAUGAAAAAUAUGGGGGUGAUCAAAUGGACUUUGUUUAUAUCGAUGAGAGCAGGUUAUUUUGGUGCGAGAUGAUGGUGCUAAGAAAGAAGUUUCCAUGUUUGUUGGGAGGCAUGCUCUGUCCUCACCAUUGUGGAGUGCAAGGGCCUGAGUUCCAGGAUGUACUCUUGUACAACUUUUUUGGCUCAUCACCACUGAAAAACCAAUGGAGAGUCAUAUAUGAUUACAUGAAGGAACGAGAUUUACUUGACUCGACAUUACCAAAGUGCUUUCCAAGUUUCAAUGAAUCUAAGCACAACAUCCUAUGCUCUGAAUUGAAGCAAUUAUAUGUUGCUGUUACUCGUACGAGACAGAGAUUGUGGGUUUGUGAGAGUGUAGAAGAGCUCUCCAAACCGAUGUUCGACUAUUGGAAGAAGAAAUGUCUUGUACAAGUUAGGCAACUGGAUGAUUCACUUGCACAGGAGAUGCAAGUUGCAAGCAGGCCAGAGGAGUGGAAAUCACGGGGAAUUAAGCUUUAUCACGAACAUAGCUAUGAAAUGGCCACAAUGUGCUUUGAGAGAGCUGGUGAUACUUAUUGGGAAAAAAGGUCCAAAGCUACUGGCCUUAAAGCUAUCGCUGACCGUAUGCGAACUUCAAAUCCUGAAGAGGCCAACUCCAUUCUUAGGGAAGCUGCUGAAAUAUUUGAUGCUAUAGGCAAGGCAGAUUCCGCUGCCAUAUGCUUUUCUGAUUUAGGCGAAUAUGAAAGAGCAGGCAUGACUACUUAUCAACAUCUAUUAUCUUUAGCCCAUAUUUCUUGUCUCAAGUACAAGAUUUUAUUUCACCAUCAUUUACCAUCUUGCACCCCUGCCUGUAAUACUGUGUACUUCCACUUAAUGUCAAAACCUCUGAACUUUAUUGGUACAGCUAGGAUUUAUUUGGACAAAUAUGGCGUGCCUGAUCUGGAAAGAGCCGGAGAAUGUUUUUCUCUAGCAGGAUGCUAUAAAGAUUCUGCGGAUGUGUAUGCCAGGGGCAAUUUUUUCUCUGAGUGUCUCACUGCUUGUGCCAAAGGAAAACUGUUUGAAAUGGGUUUGCAAUACAUCAAGUAUUGGAAAAAGCAUGCAAUAAAGGACUGUGUUGUGGCUAGAAGAGGUGAAGAAAUGGAUGAAAUUGAACAAGAAUAUCUGGAGAGCUGCGCAUCCCACUAUUAUGAGUUGACAGAUCACAGAUCCAUGAUGAACUUUGUUAAAGAGUUUCAUUCUAUUAUUUUGAUGCGGAACUUUUUGAAGAAGUUGGGUCUCCUUGAUGAGCUUCUUUUGUUGGAAGAAGAAUUUGGAAACUAUCUUGAAGCUGCGGAAAUUGCAAAGAUGAAAGGCGAUAUUCUACUUGAAGCUGAUUUCCUUGGAAAGGCAGGCAAGUUCAGAGAAGCGUCAUCACACAUUCUACUCUAUGUGUUUGCAAACUCUCUUUGGUCAUAUGGCGGAAAGGGCUGGCCCAUACAACAGUUUUCACAAAAGGAGGAGCUUUUAUCAAAAGCCAAGUCAUUUGCUAAGAAGGAAACAGAAAGCUUUUAUGAGCUUGUUUGCACUGAGAUUGACAUUUUGUUAAAUGAGCAGAGUAACUUGGCUUUGAUAAAAAAUUAUAUGAAUGUUUGUCAGAGGCAUAAGAGAGUUGAAUUACUAUCUGCUCGAAAAAUAUUGGAUGCUCAUAUUUCUUCAUCCGCCGAUAAAUACGUGUGGGAAAAGGAUUUGGUUGAUGGUAAUCUGAUAAUGUGUUCAGAAGGCAGAAUAUCUGAAAAUCAGGUAUCUAUAGAUUCACUGAUAUAUUUCUGGAUUUUUUGGAAGGAUAAAAUUGCUUUCAUAAUCAAAUAUCUUGGAUGCCUUGAAAACCGAGAUGUUAAUGAUUAUAGAAGGUACAAAGAGCUUUGUGUGGAUUACUUGGGAGUGUGGAGGUUGUAUCAUAAUCUUGCUCCAGUCUAUGUUUUACUCGUCUCUGAUGCUGAUUGGGUUCGAGGUCUGGACGAAAGACAUUUUAGAAAUCAUGGGAAGUUGGUCUCCAUUAAUGUUCACCAGCUUGUCUCAGCUGCUUGUAGUUAUUGGAGUUCAGAAAUGCUUUCUGUUGGCAUGGAAGUUUUGGAGAAGCUUGAAAAUCUUUACAAGUUUCCAAUAAAAAAUGUUGAUGAUGCAGUGUUCUGCCAAAGCAGGUGUCUUACCCAUAUUUGUGAGAUCUCAGAAUAUCUUUUGCAAUCAAAAUGUUUGAAGCUAAGGAAUCAAGAUGCCGAGAGAUUGCAGAGAUAUGUAAAGCUUUCUACUGAUACUGUUGUUGCGAAUAUAUUUCCUUUGGAUUGGAGGAAUUCAUUGAGGGAGAAUAUGAUUGCUCUUAGAAGAACUGAUGCUUUAAAGAAUGCGCUGAAACAAGUAACAGUCGAGUAUACCAGCUCAGAGAAGGUGUUGUCUUUGGGGCAGAUUGGAAGGCUUGCAAUGGUUAUUCUCGGGUCCGGUAAGCUGAAUAAUAGUGAACUAUACGAGAAGCUUGUGGUAAAACUGGACUGCCACCCGCCAUGGAAAGCUUUCAUUGAGAAUCUCUGUGGGAAUAUUAGGCCUGGAAACACCAGUGAAGAACCGAGAGAGGUGUCUAUAAUGUUGAAGUUGUAUGGAGCUUUAGUUGAUACUUAUAAUGCGAACUGGAGGGUGGUUCGUGAUUACAUAUCACCUGGUUGCUUUUUGUACCUUGUAGAGCGCCUUCUGAUUUGGGCAACUUGCUUUCAGGGUUAUGCUAUCACUACAAGUUCUUGCUUUGUUGAGUGGCUCAUAUACCAAGAGGAAGAUACCAACGUAAGUUCCAUGGUUGGUGUUGGUGAUGCGCUACCAUCUUUAAUUGACAUCUCUCAUUUUGUGAUUUAUGUGGUUCGGGAGUGUGUUUUUAAUAAGGCGGAUAUGGUUGAAUGGAUUAAAAAGACCAACACAGAUUGGAACAACUAUCAUUCUCAACUCAUGUUGCGAUUUGUUGUCAUGUUAUGCUUGGUUUAUUUGAAUUUUGGCAUGGGUCUAAAUGAACUCUAUGAUUUGCUGGGAAGGGACUAUAUCACUGAGCAGCUGCCGUGGGAAUUUUAUGACGCCCUUAAGAGACAGAGGAGACACAAAACUCUUAAUAUAAAUGUGAAGCUGCUAGCUGCAGCUUUUCAGAAGAUUGGUAAUACUUUGGUAAUUGCAAGUUUCGGGUCAGAUUGUUCAAGGUUCUUAUGUUCAGAUGUCAUCUUUGUUGACAUGAAGGCCAACCAUUCCAGGGAUGACAUACUGAGAAAAUUGAUUCCUAAACAACCACCUGUCCUACAAGUUUCCCAAGCUACAUCUGUUGAAGGAGGAGAGACUGGUGCUGCAUCUGAUAAGACGAGUGAUGAUGUCGUCGGUGGCAGAGACAACCACAAUACAGGUGAGGAAAGUUGCAUAUCCAAAGAGUCAAUUCCAAAGCCUAAGCAAGCAGUGGAUGUGGCUUCUGGAUCCCAAUGUGGCAGUAAUGAAACUGGAAACAAGGGGAAGAAAAAGGGCAAGAACAAGAAACCCAAGAAGAAAGGAGGCAAAAAGUAG